AUGAAGGUCGCAGUCCAAGGAUGCUGCCACGGCAGCCUCACAGCCAUCUACGACUCGAUCGCAGAGUAUGAACACAAGAAGCACGACAAAGUAGACCUCUUGCUCCUCUGCGGUGACUUUCAGGCGCUCCGCAACAAGCACGACUUUGCGUCCCUCGCAGUCCCACAAAAGUACCAGGCCCUCGGCACAUUCCACCAGUACUAUUCGGGACAAAAAGUCGCCCCCGUCCUCACCAUCGUCAUUGGCGGCAACCACGAGGCAAGCAACUACAUGUGGGAGCUGUACCAUGGCGGAUGGCUCGCAUCCAACAUCUACUACCUCGGCGCAGCAGGAAGCGUCAUGGUAGAUGGUCUCAGGAUCUCGGGCGCCAGCGGCAUCUACAAGUCGCACGACUACAGGAAGGGCCACUUUGAGAACGUCCCCUUCAACAAUUCUACCCUCCGCAGCGUGUACCACAUCCGCGACUACGACGUCACAAAACUCAUGCACCUCCCCCUGACAGACGACCCCAGCGUCUUCAUUUCGCACGACUGGCCCAUCUCCAUCGCCAGGCAUGGAGACACACGCGGAUUGAUACGUCGCAAGCCAUACUUCAAGGACGAGAUCGACAAGAACACGCUCGGCUCGCCACCCUUGUUCGGCCUCUUGAACGAGCUCCAGCCCAACUUUUGGUUCGCCGCACACUUGCACGUCAAGUUUGCCGCCCUGUUUGAGCACUCUCAUGACUCGAAGAAGCGGAGAACGGCUGUCGCUCCAUCGGCGGUAGUGGCCGCUGCCAACCCCGACGAGAUUGCCAUCUCGGACGACGACGAGCCCGCUGUGACUGCUCCUCCGGCUGCAGCUGUCAACCCCGAUGAGAUUACCCUCUCUGACGAUGAGGAGCCUGUGGUGACCGCUCCCUCGGCUGCGACUGUCAACCCCGACGAGAUUACGCUCUCGGACGACGACGAGCACGUGGAGAAUGUCCUCACCCCGCCAUCCGCCCCCUCGCCCAGCCCCGACACCGCUGCUCCAGUCAACCCUGACGAGAUCAACAUUGAGGACGAGGAGUUUGACGAGGCGCCUGUUCACCUUCUGCCAGCCAAGCCCGUGUCCGUGGUACCAGCCGUGGCACCAGCAACGGGGCCGAGGUCGACGCGCUUCCUCGCUCUCGACAAGUGUGGCCCAGGCAAGGACUUUAUCCAGUUCCUCGACAUCCCCGCACCCAGGAAGUCUGCACCGGGCCAGCCCCCACGGCUGACGUUUGACCCGCACUGGCUCGCCAUCAGCCGCGCGCUGCACCCGUACCUGUCGACCGAAUUCGAGCAACGUCCGCUCCCCGAUUCCGAGGUUGUCGAGGCCAUGGUCGAAGACGAGCUGGAGCGUAUCCUGCAAGAAGGCGUACUCGUUCCCGGCCAAGCGCUCGGAGACGACCUGUCGGCCCCGCCGCCACUGGUGUGGGAGAAGGGCGAAGUGGACGUCGGCCGCGUGCAGCAGUUUUGGCCCACGGCACCUCCCGAGGGUCACCCGGGCGGCAGCAGUGCCGCGUGGUACACGAACCCGCAGACCGAGGCGUUCUGCGGCAUGCUGGGGAUUGAGAACAAGGUCAACCCGAGGCCGCCCAUGUAG